CUAAACAUCAAAAAACCACUAGUCGUAACAACUGAACAGUGAACAAAUUAGCUGCCUUUGAAUACUUAUCCUUUAGUUUCGACUUUUUACGUCACAUUCACACUGUAACCUUCUGUCCCGAGCGCAUUCUGCGCACUUUAACAAGUUUACACGGUAAAUCAUAGGCAUAUUAUGAAGGCACAUAGAGUAUUUUGAAUUUAAAAGAACACGGUGUUAACUUUUGGAGCAACUUUGUCCUGUUCAGGUUAAGGGACCGAGGCUAAAUGUGUCGACGCGUCGAGGCGGAGUGUCGGUGACGGCGGUUCCCUCUUCCUGCGCCACUUUAAGUGGAAGAGGGGCGCCUUGAAACCUCCAUGUUUGUAUCUUGAAAUUGCGAACGGAGUUGAGCACCAUAUUGAAUCAAAGUUACCAACUCUUUAAAACAAAUGUUUGGUAACUUUCUAACUUUCUACGUCAGCGGCUUAGCGAGUGGAUCCUCCGGCAGUGCUAAUGGAUGCGCUUUAGGCGACUGCUUUGCCACUUUUCCGGCGCCUUUCAGUUUUGUUUUCGUACAUGUUCAGUUCAUGCAACGGCACCGGAGUCGGCGAAACAACCCAUAAGUUUAAAGCGUGAGGUCCGGGACUCGGACGUGAUGGACAAUCCGUCCUCAGUAAUCACCCAAGUGAGCCGGGAUGAAGAGGGAAAUAAAGCCGCAUCAGAAAGGGGCUCUUCUCCCUCCCUGUCAUCUAAGAAGCCGCGAAGCAGAGGCCUGUUCUCCGGCCUGUUCUGCUGCCUCUGCCGGGACCAGCCUGAGCCCCCGCCCGUCAACAACAAUGCCCCUCUCUUAGUGGAGGAGAAUGGGACGGUCUCCAAGGUCAAGCCACUGCUGCCUCCGGUCAAGUCAAAAGACGCUGGGAAGAUCUGUGUGGUGAUAGACCUGGACGAGACGUUAGUUCACAGCUCUUUUAAGCCUGUGAACAAUGCAGAUUUCAUCAUUCCCGUGGAAAUAGAUGGAACCGUACACCAGGUGUACGUCCUGAAGCGGCCGCACGUCGACGAGUUCCUGAAGAGGAUGGGAGAGCUCUUCGAGUGCGUCCUGUUCACUGCCAGUUUAGCAAAGUACGCAGACCCCGUCUCUGACCUCCUGGACAAGUGGGGCGCGUUCCGCUGCCGCCUCUUUAGGGAGUCGUGCGUUUUCCACCGAGGCAAUUACGUGAAGGACCUGAGUCGUCUGGGUCGGGAUCUCAACAAAGUCAUUAUUGUGGACAACUCCCCCGCCUCCUACAUCUUCCAUCCCGACAACGCAGUUCCCGUUGCUUCUUGGUUCGACGACAUGUCCGACACCGAGCUGCUGGACCUCAUCCCGUUCUUCGAGAGGCUGAGCAAAGUGGACAACGUCUACACGGUCCUCAAGCAGCAAGGGACUCCGAGCUAACGCCGUUGAGGUCUUCAACUCGACGCCGUAGAACAAAACAGGAAGAGAGGAAAAAGCCGGACACACCAGCGAGGCCGGAGCUCCAUCCAUCACUGCCCACCAGAACACAACGCUGCUUCACAGCUGACAGAGCCUUCACCCUCCCAGUAUCCGACCAGCUUCCUGACCGGCGCUGCCAUCUUCUGGUCAAACACAGACAGGAUGAAUGAAUGUUUAAUGACGUUUCCACAGUGUAGACCACGAAUCCUCCGGAUUCCACCUGGGUACUGGACGCUGAUUUCUCCAUGGGAUGCUCCUUUAAACUGAUUUGAAAGGAAUUUUUUUUUUUUUUUUUUGAAAGGUUUACAUGAAAGCACACGUGUCCCAUCCCAAGCAAUGCAUGUCGUUCACGUCUUCUAAGCACGUUGGACCAGUGUUCAUUUGAACCACGUUUUUAGCGCUGUUUUGGAGUCACCAAGGCAGUGUUAUAAAAUAAUCUCGUUCAAAUUAGCUACAGUUUCAAAUAUUAAAACAUAAGUAAUUGGACAGCACUUUACUGUUUGAUGUGUAGUCUAUAGUGCAAACUGAUGAUUUUUGUGCGCAAAUAUUGUUUAGAAAAUGGCAUAAAAGUCCAAAUUUGAUAUCUUUACGGUGUAAUUCCCCACCGCUUCAUGCUCUUAAACAGGCUAGAAUUGUUCUGAUUGAACCGGAGAAAUAGCAGCUCUCAUUGGUGGUCAGGUCGCUAAACGCCAUGACCAAUUGAGUUCAGAGGACCAGAACUGUCUUCCAAACCCCAACCCCGGGAAACCAGUCACUGUUAAUGGUGCAUCACAACUGUGUCGGGAUUUGUUCCUUCGCUUUAAAGCCACGCACAAAUCGUGAACUUUUUUUUUUUUUUUCCCUUCUUCUUUUUAACUUGGGUUUAACAGACUGUAUUUAAAGUUCUGUUGUAGUGAAACAGUAGGCUUGAGAUAUUUACUUCCCUAAGCGGUACUUUGUAGCCUGGAGGCGAGUUUGUGACGUUGUCAGAAGAUGCUUGUUUGGGGAGCGUAACGCCAUCUGUUGCAACAAAUGGUUUGGUUCAGUCCAGAUUUAAGGCAUAAAUCCACCUUGACGCCGUUCAACACUAUUGGUUCUGUUACUUGGCUGAAGUUCUUCAUCUUCCGGACGUGAAUGGAUGUAAUAUUAACUGUAUUAAUGUAGCGCAGCCAUGUUAACAUUCUUUGAAUUUGAAAUAUAAUCACAGAAAAUAACAACACCCACUCCUUAAGGUUUUCUUUUU